CUUCAAGAAACGUGGCGAAAGGUUCCCUCUCUGGUGGUCCAUUAUACUUCUGACUUAUAACCAAGAUUAAUUUUAAUCUGUUUUUACACUAGCAUUAUUCGCGACUGCUGAGUACUGUUGUUAUACAUACUGGCCAGGACCAAUUCUCUGGAGUAAGAUGUCCUUCUGAUGUUAUGUUAUAGUAGCAAGUUAUGGAUGCUGCAUCAGAGCUUAUCAAGCUCUCUUCCAGCGACUCAAUAUAUGGGACGCUAUCAAACUUUGAUAUUGAGAAGAAGAUAGGAAAAGGCCAGUUCAGUGUUGUAUACAAAGCAAGAUGCAGGAUCGAUCAAGCAGUUGUUGCUCUAAAAAAGGUCCAGAUAUUCGAAAUGAUGGACUCCAAAGCCAGAUUAGAUUGCAUGAAAGAAAUAAAUCUUUUACAGAAACUAAACCACCCUAACAUCAUACAGUAUUUAGCUUCUUUUAUCGAAGAUAAUGAGCUGAAUAUAGUUUUAGAAUUGGCUGAUGCAGGGGACCUUUCCCGAAUGAUCAGACAUUUCCGCAAACAACAGAGACUCAUCCCUGAAAGAACUAUAUGGAAGUACUUUGUACAGUUAUGUUCUGCCUUAGAUCACAUGCAUUCCAAAAGAAUUAUGCAUAGAGAUAUCAAACCUGCUAAUGUCUUCAUCACUGCACAAGGCGUAGUGAAAUUGGGUGACCUUGGCCUUGGUCGAUUCUUUAGUUCAAAAACAACUGCUGCUCACUCUUUAGUUGGCACUCCGUAUUACAUGAGCCCAGAAAGGAUUCAUGAACAUGGUUAUAAUUUUAAAAGUGAUAUUUGGUCUCUCGGAUGCUUACUUUAUGAGAUGGCAGCAUUGCAGAGUCCAUUUUAUGGUGAUAAAAUGAACUUGUACUCUUUAUGCAAGAAAAUAGAGAACUGUGACUAUCCGCCUCUUCCUACUGAUCAUUAUUCAGCAGAGUUAAGAACAUUGGUUGAUAACUGCAUUAACCCUGAACCAGACAAACGACCAGACAUCACUCAUGUGUAUGGUGUGGCAAAAGAAAGGCACAGUCAGACACAAUCUCCUAGUAAUUGCAGCUCUGCAAUGUCUGCUGCUCGCAUUGCUAAAGAAGAAGAAAAGAGCAUGGAUGAUAAUAGACGCAGUUUAGAACAGAUAAAGCUGAAGGAUUAGCAUAGAGCCAACUGGAGUAGGUAUGCACGGAAAGAAGAUAAAACCCCCCCAGGUGCUAUUGCUUGGAAUGAUUCCUCUCUGUCAGCAAGUUCAUCAGAAAUUAAAAAGUCUGGAAAUGAGGGAGCUAUAUUACAUUCUCCAGGAUCAGGAGUAAGUUCUGUAGGAGAGAUGUGGGCACGUGAUCCCAGGAGUGUAGCUCUUUCAGACUCCCAGGGGAGUACGACAGGUAAUAAUGGUAGUAAGCGUAGCCGAAGACAUAGUACAAGUUUCUCAGCAAAUACAGACAAUUCUGGGCAACAGCGACCUCCUAUGCGAACACACCAUCCUACCAGAGAUGACCUGUCCCUUGUUUCUAUUUCCAAUGGAAAUGACUUUAGGGGCCCAUCAUCUCGAGACGUGAUUACAACACCACCUCAGGGAGCAGGAAUGUAUCCACCAAGAAAUCGAUACAAUGUGAGACUCCCACCUCUUGGUAAGCGGUAGUAAGACACUUGAAGGGAUUUUAUCUUUCUAUUUAAGAACAUUUCUUUUCAAUGAAAAUUUUGCAUUUCUUUUCCCCACCACUUUAGGAUGCCUCAAUCAAAAAGAUUAAAUUGACUUUGAAAAUAAAUAUUGAAGAAAAAAAUUUAUAUGAAAAUCAAAACACAUUGUGCCAAGUGGUGUAACUGGUUACUGUGCAUACCUUCUACCAGUAUGUUUUAAGCAUUUAGUGUGCUCUGAAAGUACACUACUGAACAGUAAAAUAAAAUCAAAGUGUUACAAACAAUUUUACAUGCUUCAAAGUAGAGAUGAACUUAAUUAGCAUGAAAAUCUGUACAUAAAAUAUACAUACAUAUAUAUAUAUAGUUUGUCUUUGCUGCUAAGGUAAUGCAAAUUCUAAGUCAGGGUGAUUGCAAAAUGCAUAAGACAUCUUACAAGUAGAGUAACUAUUAUUCAUUCAUUUGAAGUGAUUUCUGCAAUAGUACUGUUAAUAUAUUUCGAUUUAAGCUGUCCACCAUUCUCUGUGAUACAGUGGUAUAUUGUGUAUAUAAAAGUGAUACUUUUACAGGGAUGACAAGGAAUUAUAUUUUUACAUAUAGCCUACAUAACUUCAUUGAGCAUUGCACUUAAACACAUCUGUUUCAAAGGUUUGCAUUUAUCAUAAGUCAUAUAGUGCUAACAAUAAAUCUCACUAAUAGUGGACAGUAUGGAAUUCUCUUCAAAACUGAAGUGGUUGCAGGUGCAUUUUUUGUUUGGCAUACAUAUCGAGAAUAAAUGUAGAAUAAUUUCAGGUAUAAAUGGCUCAAAUUCUGGCUGCACAUUGUAGAAAUUUUAUGGUUAAGAAAUUUUAUUCUUUUCCCAGUGGAGAUAUUUUAAUGAGAAACAGUUUUAAUGAGAAAACUGCCAGAUUUGAGUUUACCUUUAGAGACUUUUAUAGAUGGUUUUGGAAUGCUUACUUACUAGAUGAAGAUAUAAUUAUCAGAUGGUAUUGAGGAAUGUAAAUGUUCUUACCAAUGUUCAUUUCCAGAGUUGAAUGUCUGUCGCUUUUUUAGUGUGGAAUAUUACCAUGUGAAAUGCAUAAUUUUUUUUCAAAACCAAAUAUACAGUGUGCAGUUAAAACUUUCUUUUUAAUGCUAAAGCCAGGUGCCAUAUUUUAAAUAAUUACAGGGGAUAGACAAUACAAAAUGCUAAUGUUAAAUUGCACAGUACCUUAACUACAGGAAAUUCAAGUAGUACUGUACAUUGUUGUUAGUAAAGCAGCUCCUGGAAGUUUAAAGUAGCUUUCUUUUUAAAUGAAUUACUGUAUUGUUAAUGAUUCAGCCAGAGAGCAAUGUGUCUGUGAUAUUCAUCAACUUUACUGGCAAUAUUCCCUACUGAGAACUUCUUGUUAUUACUGGUAAUUUUUUUUUAUUAUGAACUUAGUUUCAAGAGUAGGUUGAGAAGAAAUUCUAGUCAAUUAGCUUAUUUUCAUUAUUUCCAUCUGGUUUGUUUAAGGUUAACAGAUAUUUUUAAUAUAAUCUUACCAACACUUUAAUUAUAUUGAAAUUCACAAUUUUGUACAAAUACCAAUUGAAGUGUGGUAAGGCAGAAAAGAAUUUUCUAGCAUAAGGAAAAUAUUAGAAAAUUAGUGUUGCAACCAUUAACUCCUCUUUAGAUUUCAUUAAAUGAACAAUUCCUAAUGGCAAUAGUGAUGGUAGCCAACAUGAAUAUUCGUUGUUCUAAUUGCUACUUUAUUUUUUAGUAGAUCAUUGCUUGUGUUUGGUUUUUGUGAUUCAUAAUUCAUUUCAUAAGAUAUCAUCAACCAGUAAGUUGUAAUGUUACUGCUGACUGCUUUACCAGAACAUUAUAUGCUGAAAAAUAUUUCCUUUGUCAUUUUCUUCUUAUUUUCACAGUAACCAUUCUUCUAAUUGCUCUUAUAAAAUAAUGAAUUUGUAUCAAAGCAGAAACUGCUGUUCUCCUAAUCCAACUAAAUGGUUGGUGGUCUCAUCUGCUAUUCAAGACAAAAAAAAUUUAUAUGAAUUUUUUUGGUAGAUGAUAUAAGGUACCAUUAACUGGGAGGUAAACCACUCUUUCACUACAUUUGGAUUAGGUUUGGUCUUCAGUUAACACGGUUGAUUAAGUCUAUUGUCAAAUAAUAUAUAUAUAUACUAAGAAUAUUUUGAGAAAUUUUUCUACUGAUAAUAGGAUGCAUCUAUUUAGAGGUUACAUCUGUUUUAAAAAAGUUCAUACCAUGUUUUUUUAAGUUAUGAUAUCUGUGACAUGUUUUCUUUUUGGAUAUCUAUGUAAGAAAUGUCAAGCACCAGUAAUGAAGUUGUUCUCAAAAAAUAGAUAAAUGUGUACCAUAUGUUCCAGGGAAUUUUGAACAUUCUUCCAAUCCUUGUUCAUCUUAUGCCUUUGAGCAGAUAUUAUUUCAGCAAAAUUGUGAUUUUUGGUUCUUAGAGUCAGGCCUAACAUUACUGGAACCUUAUAAUUUAGUUACAAAAUUUGAAAUUAUAAAUAUUUCAGUACCCUAUAUAUUUUACUAAAUACAAAUGGGAAUUCAAAAUGAAUGGGUCUCAUCAAAUGUGUAAAAUAUGAUGGGUCAUCUAUGAAAAUUCCCUAAUGUCUAUGAUACCAUUCUCUUGUAAAUGUUUCAUUGAUGAUUACUUUAUUUGGUGUUUUCAUGUACCGUUACUACUUAACCUAGAAAUAUUUUUUUUCUCAUAUUUUCCUUAUUCUGUAAUUUCAUGUCUCGGUAGACGACAAGUGAAUAUUUUUCAUUGCUUAGUAUAUUUAAUAUUUUAAUGCAGUUAUUUAAUUAAUUAGCAGUGAUAUUACAAUUUAUGAAUUUGAAGGAAUAAAUGAAAUAGGUGGCCAUUAAUCACCGUCCAUUUUUUUAGCGUAGCUCCAUUGUUCUUUAAUAUUUUAUGUGGAAAAUAAACAUACAGUGCAUAGAGCAGUGUAGCUCUAGUCUAGCUCAUAAUGUGUUGUAUUGUAAUAACAUACGGUAUAUCAUAAUUUUGAUGUAAUGUAUUAAAAGUUUUGGCAAUAAAUGUUAAUUUGUUAUUCCU